CUAGCAAUUUCUGAGUCAACAUUGUUUCAAAGUAAAUCCUACACAAAGUUUUUGGUGUAUAAAUUGUGUUCUACAGGCUCAGUGGUUUACACACAGUGCUCAGUUGUAAAAUAAUAUUUUAAUGUGCUUUAUCUGACAGGAGGUGGUGAAGAAUGAGAUUCAGGUUAUGAACCAGCUCGACCACGCUAACUUGAUCCAGCUCUACGCCGCCUACGAGUCCAGGAACGACAUCAUCCUUGCACUUGAAUAUGUUGAUGGAGGUGAACUCUUCGACAGAAUCAUCGAUGAGAACUAUAAGCUGACGGAGCUCGACACGGUGAUGUUCAUCAGGCAGAUCUGUGAAGGCUUGCGCUACAUGCACAAAAUGUACAUCCUCCAUCUGGACCUAAAGCCGGAGAACAUUCUGUGUGUCAGCAGACUCACAAAUAAAGUCAAGAUCAUCGACUUCGGACUGGCCAGGAAGUAUCAGCCCAGAGAGAAGUUGCGGGUGAAUUUCGGGACGCCGGAGUUUCUCUCUCCUGAGGUGGUCAACUAUGAUUUUGUGUCGUUCAACACGGACAUGUGGAGUCUGGGCGUCAUCACGUACAUGCUGCUCAGUGGUUUGUCGCCCUUCCUCGGGGACGAUGACAGUGAGACCCUGAACAACAUUUUUGCCUGUCAGUGGAACUUCGAGGAGGAUGAAUUCUCAGAAGUCUCAGAAGAAGCCAAGGAUUUCAUUUCCAAGCUGCUCGUGGUGGAUAAAAGCUGGAGGAUAGGAGCCACCGAAGCGCUGAAGCACCCCUGGCUGUCGGAUCCAGCCGUUCACUUCCGCCUGCAUCAGAAGAAAAAUAGAUGCCGCUCGCGCAGAAACUCUUUUCUGCCUCCACCUGAGAGUUAAUGGACCAAGCUUGCUGUGGAACCAUGAGGAUUACUGGACAUUAUAUUAGAUACAGACACACUGCGUUCCCUGAAUCUUCCCCGUUAGCAUUGAUGACAUUUCUUGAAUUACAGUUAUAUGUCGUUGAUCCUAUUCCAGAAUUUGAAGUGAAGAUGUAAUUUGAUUUUGCAGAAUUUCAUCCGGCCUCUCAAAGUUCCUGUUUUGGGUUUCAUACACUGAUUCUGAAAUAAAGU